AUGUCCCUGCAUGAACUUUGGAUGGAGCUAGAAAACGAUCUACUCAAUGGAUUUCAUCAAGACAGUUCCCUGCGUGCUCUGAUUGAGUUAACUUUCCAACGCAACUGGAAUGGCUUCAUUUGGAUGAGUAGAAAAGGAGUUAUAGCCAAAAGAGUGAAGACUGCUCCAGACGGCCAUAUCGAGAAUCAGCGCCAACCGCACAAACCGGCUGGCCGAGAAACUAUUGUUUCGCGCUCGGCCAAAGUCAUGUCCGUCCGACUGAAGUCUCGGCCAAAGUUCGAAACUGACCGGCCGAUCACGCGACACGACCCGGGAAACAUUCUCCCCCGGUCGGCCAAGCUUCAAGCGCUUCACGCCACGCCGCGCAUGACCAUGCCACGCGAGCCGGGGAACAAGUUCUUGCAAGAGAGCUACCCUCAAGCACCACCACCUUCAUGGGAUAGUCCUCCAAGACCAUCCACUUUGAAGACCAAGAAGAAACUUCUUCCUUACCUUGAAGCAGCCGACCUGGAGACGUCUAGCCAAGCCGCAUCACACCAAGAAGAACACCUUCUAGCCACACCAGAAGAGGAGAUUGACCCUGAGCUGAUCGAGUUCGUGAAGAGAGAUCAAUUCCAUGAUCUGUUUUCAGAGUAUGCACUGGAGCACAUAGAUCACUUUGACAACCUUUGUGAUUCCUAUGGAGUUUUUGACUUUGAGAAGAAGAUGAUGCUAUUCAGCACAUCACUAGCUGGACCAGCACUAGAUUGGGCGCAGCAUGAGCCACUCUCUAAUCGAGUCAUGGAUCGAUUUUAG